AUGACAGCUCCACGCCCCUGGACACCCCCCCUACUCCUCCGAAUCCGUUUCACAACCUCCCUCCCCGAUCUCGACCUCGACAUCCCCUCCCCCUCGCAAACCACCGUCGCUGCCCUCAAGCACCUCAUCCGCGGCCGCCUCGCCCAGCCCGAUUCCCAGCGGCGCCUGCGCUUCAUCCACCAGGGAAAGAUCCUGCCCGACGCCUCCGCCCUCAGCUCGGUUCUUCGGCCUCUUCCCCCGCCACCACCCUCUGCCUCGCAACCAACAACCCCAGCAACACCCGGCGCGGGCUUCGACGACCCAAAAGGCAAAGGAAAGGCCAAGGCAAACGACCCCGCGCCGCCGCAGAGGGUCUACGUGAACUGCAGCAUCGGCGACAGCCUCACGGACGACGAGCUCGCCGCCGAAGCAGAAGCCGCGCUCCGCGCCCCUACCGACCGUGGCACGUCAGCAAACACGUCCUCCAGGGACGGCCAGGGUCCCGGCCACCAUGGAUCGCAACACCAAUACGGCCAGCAGCGCGCCACGCCGCGGGGUUUCGACAGGCUCCUGAACGCGGGCUUCACGGCGGCCGAGGUGAAUCAGCUGCGCCUGCAGUUUCGCGAGAUCCGCGCGACGCAGUACACCCCCGACACGAUGCCGAGCCCCGACACGAUGCGCUCGCUCGAGGAUUCGUGGAUCGACUCCAACGCGGGCGGGGCUCUGCCCGGCGCGGCAGGCACCGGCGGUGAGGGUGGCGAGGGCGGCGACGAUGCGUUUGGGGUCAUGAGCGGGAUCUUGGACGUGCUGAUCGAGGGCCUGAUUGUGGGCUUCUUUUGGCCAUUGGGGUGUCUGGGCUGGCUGUCGAGGGAGGAGAACAUGCUCUCUGGCCGCUGGCAGGACUUUAUUGGGUUUGGCGUAACUCUAAGCAUCAUCAUUGGCGUUAUCAGGGCUUUUUCGGGAGACCGAUAG